AUGGAACGGAAAGCAACGCAAGAGAACCGAUUCGAACCGAGCGAGAAGAACGGAAGCAAUAGGAGGUCAGUGGAACGGACCGGAGAGGAACUGACUACAACUGAACCGAUUCCAACGAAACGGAACGGAACAAUACGCAAGGGAAAAGAAUGGAAGGCGAAGGAACACAUUCCGAAGGAACCCAUAAGGAACGGAAUGAAACCGCCAAGAAUUGAAUGGAACGGAACCGAUUGGAACGUUGUGCAAGGGAACGCAACGCAAGGGAAUCGAUUCGAACAGAACCGAGAGAAGCGGAAUGAACCGAUAGGAACCGAAUGGAGCGCGACGGAUAGGGACGGAAGAGGACCAACUUGA